AACUGAAUCGUUUUCUUGCUAGCUGACCUAUUCAGUUCCAACAGAACUAGUAUCAGAAUGGAAUAACUUCUGACUUUUCAAAUUUCCACUCAUUACCAGAGAUUUCAACAAAUUUUACUACAACUGUCAUUAGAAACCAAGCACAAUGAAAUACAUCCUAGCAUUAUGUGCGGCCUUCACACUUUUCGAAUGUGCAUGGGGUGAAACAACAAUCAGAAUCUUAUUGAUUCACGAGGAAAAUGAUGUGGUUGCUCACAAGUUUAUCAGUUCACUAAAUACAACAGAAAGCAUAUUCAAUAACAAAUUCAAAAUAUUGGAGCAAAUUAUCACUUUACUACGUCACGAGGAGGACUCAACAUUUCAAAAUAUGUGCAAGCAGUUAUCGAUUGGCGCUAGUCUGGUUUUGGAUUUUACUUGGACGGGCUGGCGUAGAGGCAGAGAGCUGUGUGAGAAUAUUGGAGUUCCCUACCUGAAGGCGGCAAAGCCCGUUUUUCCUCUAUUGCGACUGGUGGAUGAUACAUUAACUAGCCUUCGAAAUGCAACCGACUCUAUUCUGAUUUUCGAGAAUGAUUUACAGCUCCAACAAAGUCUUUAUUACUUGGUUGAAUUUUCACGCCUGAGAGUAUAUGCUGUCAAUGGUUUGAAUGCAUCAUGGGUGAAAACUAUUUCGAGCAUGCUGCCGAUCCCAUCCAAUUUGGUUGUAAUUGCACAAACCAAUCACAUCAACAGCAUAUUUAAGCAAGCAAUGAGAGCAAAACUCAUUCAAAUGGAUGACAGAUGGAAUCUUGUUUUCACAGAUUUUAACUAUGAGCGAUUCCACAGGGGCAUCCUGUCUGUGGCCACUACUCUGUACACUAUGAAGAAAAAAGCGUGCUGUCCACUGGCUCAGCUUGGAGAGAACUGCGUAUGUCCAGACACCACUGAGGUUGAAUCGGCUUUCCUGAACCUUCUGCCGAAAUUGAUAGUUGAUAUAUUUGAGAAGCUCACGAACAGCCUCAUCUACACUGGACCCGUCAUUGCCGAUUGUCAAAAUAUCAAGACAAACGCCACAAACCCAUUGUGGACCGCUUUCUACAGAGAUAUAUCAAAGGUUAGCAGUGAAAACGGAGUAGGGUAUGCCCGGAAAAUGAUGGAGCUUUAUCCGCGAUUGGAGUUCCAGGUGGUGAUGACGACGAGCAGACAGGGUUAUUUGCCAGAAGUGCCCACUGCAGACAGUAAGCUCGCCACCUGGGACACAGAGUUCGGUCUGCAGACUGCUCCUGGCCUCAUCGUCAAUCCUGUUAAACGUUUUUUUCGCAUUGGUGUGGCAGAGUCGAUUCCAUGGAUGUUUCCUGUAAUAAAUCCGAAAACUGGUUCAAAGCUCCUAGAUGAUGAGGGAAAGGAGGUGUGGGAAGGAUACUGCUUAGAUUUCAUACAACGCCUAGCCAAAGAGAUGAACUUCGAUUUCGAACUUGUCAAAGCUGACUCGUUCGGUGAGAGGGCUCCUGAUGGAACUUGGGAUGGACUCGUUGGAGAUCUUUCAAGGGGAAAAACCGAUAUUGUUGUGGCAUCACUAACCAUGACGUCGGAAAGGGAGGAAGUAGUCGAUUUUGUAGCACCCUAUUUUGAGCAAGCUGGCUUCACCAUCGUUAUCAGAAAACCUGUGCGGAAGACAUCCCUUUUCAAGUUCAUGACGGUCCUUCGACUGGAAGUCUGGCUGAGUAUCCUGGGUUCGCUGAUUCUCACAGGCAUUAUGAUCUGGCUGCUUGAUAAGUACUCUCCAUACAGCGCUCAAAAUAACAAGAAACUUUACCCUUAUCCGUGCAGGCACUUCACAUUGAAAGAGAGCUUUUGGUUUGCUCUGACGUCAUUCACGCCGCAGGGAGGGGGCGAGGCGCCGAAAGCGCUGAGCGGUCGUACCCUGGUGGCCGCCUAUUGGCUGUUCGUCGUGCUCAUGCUGGCCACCUUCACUGCCAAUCUGGCCGCGUUCCUCACUGUUGAACGAAUGCAGUCACCAGUUCAAAACUUGGACCAACUUGCACGACAGUCGAGGAUAAAUUACACAGUCACUCUAAGCCAAGAUGCGCACAAAUACUUUCAGAACAUGAAGAACGCUGAAGAUACACUAUACAGAAUGUGGAAAGAGAUAACUCUUGACAGUUCAACAGUACAGACUCAGUACCGUGUGUGGGAUUACCCAAUCAAAGAGCAAUACGGCCAUAUACUGCAGGCGAUUGAGAGAACUGGUCCAGUUCCAAACUCCACAGUUGGCAUACAAAAGGUUCUAGAGAGUGAGCAGGGUGAGUUUGCACUGAUCCAUGAUUCAUCGGAGUUGCGAUAUAGGAUAACACAAAAUUGCAAUUUGACAGAAAUUGGAGACAUAUUUGCCGAGCAGCCAUUUGCAAUUGCCGUGCAACAGGGCAGUCAACUCAAUGAGGAAAUAAGUAGAAGGAUUUUGGAUCUUCAGAAGGAUCGAUACUUUGAGUCUCUGAGUGCAAAAUAUUGGAACUCUUCAAAUAGAGGAGCAUGUCAUAAUAUUGAUGACAAUGAAGGAAUAACAUUGGAGAGUUUGGGUGGUGUGUUUAUUGCUACCCUGUGUGGCCUAGCUCUAGCAAUGGUAACACUCUGUGGAGAAGUCAUAUAUCAUCGGCGGAAGCAGGGCCAGGGACAAACAAAUAGCUCCAUCAACCCUGAAAAUCUAAAAGGCAUCCAUUUUGGCAUUUUGACAAAGAAGGAGUUUGGUACAACGGCUAUUAUGAGGGAGAAAUCACAAAUAAUAAAUCCAUCAGUCACUUAUAUCUCAGUUUUUCCUCGUUCUCAGCUAUAUUAGACAAUCACAACACCAGAAUCAACUCUAUGUAGGCCUGCUUGUGAUUCUAAAUGUGUGAUUUCAUGUUAAUAAAAUUAAUGUUCAUUCCAGGAAUAAAAAU